AUGGAUCUAUUAAAGGAUGCAGCUAAAAACCUCAAUUUGUACGAGGUUAAGGCAUAUGUUCGAAAGGCUCAGAAUGUUGCCAUGAACUUGACUGAUAUGGAGACCAAGGUUAGAGAAGCUACUAAUAAUGAGCCAUGGGGAUCGCCGACGACCUUAAUGGCGCAAAUAGCUUCCGGAACUUACAACUAUAGAGAGAGGGAAGAAAUCAUCAGCUUUAUCUUUAGACGUUUCACAGAGAAGGCAGCUAACGAAUGGAGACAAAUAUACAAGUCAUUACAAUUACUUGAUUACUUGAUUAAAAAUGGUUCUGAGAGGUUAAUUGAUGAUGUGAGGGCAAAUAUUUCGUUAAUUCAAAUGUUGAAAUCCUUUCAUUACAUUGAUUCUAAGGGGAGAGAUCAGGGAAUUAAUGUUAGAAAUAGGGCCAAGAAUUUGAUUGCUUUAUUGAAUGAUGACGCUUUGAUUAGAUCUGAGCGUAAAAAGGCGAGAGCUAAUGCAAAGAAGUUUGGAGGUGUUUCAUCAGCAGCUUUUGGUGGCGCUUCGUCAAUUACGACUGGUGGAACCUUCGAAGAUGAUGACUUCAGCAAUAGAGUUUACGGAGAUGGUGGUGUAUAUGGAGCUAGAUAUGAUGACACUGGAUCGUCUUACAACAAUGGACAAAGUGGUAAUUCAAAUGAAAACUUCGAAGAAUAUGAUGUUGGAGGGUCAAAUGGUACUUCGAAGGCAACCACAAGCCCUUCUAAGGUGACUGCACGGGCCAAAAAAGCAUCCGAGCCGGAGCCAGAUUUGUUAGGCGAUUUCACUUCCUUCGAAGGCUCUUCAAAUACCCGAAAUGACUCUACUCCUGCUGCCGGUGGCAAUGAUGAUGAUGAUGAAUUUGACGAUUUCCAGGCCGCCGAAACUCAAUCGCAACCUCAAAAACCUAACAUUUCGAAUAACUUAGCAAGCUUAUACCAGUCACAGCCGCAAAAUUCGUUUUUCCCUCAGCAAAAUGUGUUCUCUCAGCAAAAUACGUUCGCUUCACCACAGGCGCCCGUCCAAAGUACCUUUCAGACGCAAGCCCCCAGUUUUGGCAUCAACAACCGAACACCUUCAUCAUCAAGUGCCACGGGGUUUUCGUCAAAUACAAAGACUGCACCAAAAAACGAUGCUUUCUCUUCUCUAUUUUCAUCUGCGAAAACCAGGGCAUCAUCGUCUCCUAAACCUCAAUCGCCGGUGGCAUCCAAUACAAAUGGCUCAUCCACUUGGAAUGAGUUAAAUGACGAUGGAUUCGGAGGAUUUGCUUCUAAUGAAAAAGAGCCAAUCAAUGAAUCCAAUAGGUCUAAUACUACCAAAAACAAUGAUGGUGAAAUUGAUUUAUUGAGCUUCUAG